CUACCGCCAUGGCGUCCGCUGCAAAGUACACGACCCUCCACGAGACUUGCUUCAACUACCCGUGCGUCGACAACCACGCACAUCCUCUGCUCACCGCAGCGAACAGAGAUGCCGUCGACUUUGAGGGCAUCAUCGCUGAAGCGACGGGCCCUGCGCUGCUCGAAGACUCGGUGCACACGCUCGCGUGUUUCAAGGCCACUGCUCAGUUGGCGAAGCUAUUCAACCUUGGGCCUGAUGCGACUUGGAACGACGUCAAAGCCAAGCGCGCGCAGCUCCCAUAUGACGAGCUUUGCGAACUGUCCCUGAAGCCCACCAAUAUCCAGUGCAUCCUUUUCGACGACGGGCUCGGCGGCGUCGAGGAAUGGUGCGAGUCGUACAAGUGGCACGACAGAUUCACGAAGAGCGCCAGUAAGCGUAUUGUCAGAGUCGAAGUCGUCGCUCAGGACAUCCUGAAGACGCUUGUAGAUGCGUCGAGUUUGUCUUACUCGUCCGGAACAGAUCCUGCAUAUAUCCCGACUCUGCUUGAGACCUUCGCCGCGAAGCUCACUGCGUCCAUCCAAGCCUCCGCCGACGACCCCGAGGUAGUCGGCUUCAAGUCUGUUGCGUGUUAUCGCACAGGAUUGGACGUCGCUACGUCCUGCACCCAAGAAGAUAUCGAAGCAGCACUAGCGUCGUGCCUUUCACGGUACGCGACCAUUAGUAAGCUGCGCCUCGAUGACAAGCACCUGAACGACUAUGUCGUACGCGCAACUUUGGAGAUCGCCGGGAAGUGUAACAAACCCGUCCAGUUCCACACUGGCCUGGGUGACAAUGACCUCACCCUUACACGCUCCUCGCCCGCGCACCUCCAGGGCGUGAUCAAAGCCUUCCCCAACACUCCCUUCGUCCUCCUCCACUCCAGCUACCCGUACACGCGCGACGCAGGGUACCUCUGCAGUGUCUACCGGAACGUCUACGUCGACUUUGGCGAGAUAUUCCCCUUCAUCUCCGGCACGGGCCAGCGUGCCGUCCUCCGGCAAGUCCUCGAGCUCUGCCCCACGAACAAGAUCAUGUGGUCCACGGACGGGCAUUGGUGGCCCGAGUCAUACUACCUGGGCACGGUGCAGGCAAGGGAGGCUCUGUACGCUGUCCUAGCAGAGUCCGUGCGUGAUGGGGACCUGACCGAGCAGCAAGCCGUGGGCAUGGUGAAGAACGCACUCUUCCACAACGCGAACCGGAUAUACUCGCUAGGCCUGAGUCCGCUCUAG